AUGUUUAAAGCAAGCGGAAGACUAAGGUCAUGUCUACCGCUCCAUUCAAAUGCGCAUUGUCGACCUGUGAGAUUUUUAUCAAUAGUUGACAAGCAAAAUUUCAAGAGCGUUUCUGAUGUCGUGACAAAGUUUGAAGAAAGAGGACCUGUGCCAUCAGAAGAAUCCAAAUGGGAUAGUUUUUUGAGUGCUAUCAAAACAACAAAUCCACGAUUACGACGAGAUAAUCAACAAGACUUGACUUUGCAAACAAAAAAAGACAUCGGUGCACCGGAGCAGCCAUCAGUUUCCAGUACUAAAAUAAUCAACCAAAGGAGCUCUAUAAAUGACAUUCAAAAUACCUUACUUCAAAUCGAAUCGAAAAAGGAACUCAAGGAAUUUUUGGAUUUGAUUGAGAAAAUGCAGGUUCCAGUAUUUAAUAAUUGCCCAUUUAUCCAGUUUCUUUUAAGUUCACGAAAAGAUGAUUUUCACGUUUCUAAUAACUUGUGGAUACGACAUCGGAAAGUUUGUACUCUUAAUAUAGAGCAGAGCCAAGUUGAUUGGGUAUAUUUAUACUUGUUCCGUUUUAAUGACAACAUUGUUCAUAUUCCAAAUUUCAAUUUACAAUGGAUUAAAAUCAGUGAACAUUUCCCAGAUUUGAUCCUGACUUAUAUGCUGAGUUAUCUACAUUCGCUAGUCAACGUGGGUCAGAAGGAACUUGCUAUAAAUUACUUACUGGACUGGGUAAAAGAUAAGAGAAUUGAUGUUCAACACUUUCCUAUAAACAAACUUAUCGAAAUUCUAAUAAGAGAGAAAGAUCAGGAAAUAUUACCAAAUGUAUUACACGAAUUGAAAGCAAAAAAGAUUGCUUCAAUAGAUGACAUGACAUGGGUAAAGAUACUUGAUUAUGGGUUGCGAAAUAGCAUUUACAAACUUGUAUUAAUUGCAUAUCGUGAUUAUAUAAUGAGACAAUACCCAACAGGCAAGAUACAUGCCGAGGAUGUUAUAUUGAACCAGAAAGUGUCCAACGAUUCUGUUUUAAACUCAAUGAGUAACAAGUUUCUUUUGGAUAUCUUACAAUGUUUUUCAGUAAACGGGGACGUUGAACUGACCAUGGACUUGAUCGAGAGUCAUUUCUUUCAUAGACUGUUGACGGGAGGCACAAAAAUGAACAAAGAUCUUUGUGUUCGUAUCAUCGAGAGCUACUGCUACCGACUUGAAGUGCAACGUCGACAGAAUAAACAGAAAAUAUCAUUUGAAGAUAUGCAAAAGCUUAUCGUAAUGAUUGAUCAGUUUGUCAAAAACAACUUGGAAGCAAAUUUACCGCUCAUCAAUGCACAAGAUCUUUCCUUACCCAUGAGCAUACUUUUUGGUGGUUCCAAUUCACAGCAUUCCAAAAAACUGCUAACAAGAAUAGAUAUAGAUAGGUACUUGGCAGUUGCUGAUAAUUUAGAUAUAAACAACAUCACUAAGGAUAUCUAUAUGGAUUGCUUAUUUGACUUUAUGAUGAAAAAUAGGACACAUCAAAAAACAUUCCUAGUAGUUGCAAUCUGCAAAGCUGCAUGGAAUCAAGUUACGCAUCUGUGA